ACAUCGCUGCGGGAAGGAGACGGCGUCGACGUCUGGCUCGGCUCGCGGCGUCUUACCUUGCUGAAGCUCGCUCUUGCUUCGGCCCUCGGAACCUGUCCCAGGCUUUUCGGCCCCGGGGCCUGGAAGGAGGCUUAUCCAGGCGGCUCGAGAACGAUCCCGGGCGCCUAAGUUCCUCUCGUCACCCACUCAGCGCCAUGUCCUGGAUGUUCAAGAGAGAUCCUGUUUGGAAGUACUUGCAGACUGUCCAGUACGGAGUCCAUGGAAAUUUUCCACGCCUCUCAUAUCCAACUUUCUUUCCUCGUUUUGAAUUCCAAGAUAUUAUUCCUCCAGAUGAUUUCCUAACGAGCGAUGAAGAGCUAGAUUCAGUUUUAUUUGGAACUUUGAGAGGUCAUGUAGUUGGACUACGCUAUUACACAGGAGUAGUUAAUAAUAAUGAAAUGGUUGCAUUACAACGAGAGCCCGAUAACCCUUAUGAUAAGAAUGCAAUUAAAGUAAACAAUGUGAAUGGAAAUCAGGUCGGCCAUAUAAAGAAAGAUCUUGCAGCUGCCUUGGCCUAUAUCAUGGACAACAAAUUGGCUCAAGUUGAAGGGGUAGUUCCUUUUGGUGCAAACAAUGCUUUUACCAUGCCUUUGCAUAUGACUUUUUGGGGAAAAGAAGAAAAUAGAAAAGCAGUUUUAGAUCAGUUGAAGAAACAUGGAUUUAAAUUGGGUCCUGCACCAAAAACUUUAGGAUUCAGUUUGGAAAGUGGUUGGGGCUCUGGAAGAGCGGGACCAAGCUAUAGUAUGCCAGUUCAUGCUGCAGUACAGAUGACAACUGAACAGCUUAAGACAGAGUUUGACAAAUUGUUUGAAGAUUUAAAGGAAGAUGAUAAAACUCAGGAAAUGGAACCAGCUGAGGCUAUUGAAACACCAUUGCUUCCACAUCAAAAACAAGCUCUAGCGUGGAUGGUUUCACGGGAAAACAGUAAAGAACUUCCACCAUUCUGGGAACAGCGAAGUGACUUAUACUAUAACACAAUAACAAAUUUUUCUGAAAAGGACCGACCAGAAAAUGUUCAUGGAGGAAUUUUAGCUGAUGAUAUGGGUUUGGGCAAAACUCUGACAGCCAUUGCAGUGAUUCUUACCAACUUCCAUGAUGGCAAAUCUCUUCCUAUUGAAAGAAUUAAGAAAAAUCAGCUGAAGAAGGAAUGUAAUGUUUACGAUGAAUCUAUGAAACUUGGAGGGAACAAUACCAGUGAAAAGGCAGAUGGACUAAUCAAAGGAUCUAGAUGUAGUGGAGAACCCAGUAUUUCAGAUGUCAAGGGAAAGAAUAAAUAUCCCAAGUCAGAAUUCUCUAGCUCCCGCCCCAAAAGGAGAAAAACUGCGGUACAGUACACUGAAAGCAGCGAUUCAGAGGAAAUUGAAACAAAUGAAUUGCCACAGAAAAUGAAAGGCAAAGUGAAAAAUACACAGUCAGAGACUAAAAUCAGAGAAAAAGCAGGAUCAUCUAAGGUUAAAGAAGAUGCAGAGUUUGCAUGUGCACUUACUUCAUCUACCCCUGCAACCAAAAAGAAAAUGUUGAAAAAGAGAGCAUCUGCAGUGGAGAGUUCAAAGAAAACUGAUAUUGAAGAGAGACCAAGAACAACACUGAUCAUCUGUCCACUUUCUGUGUUAAGCAACUGGAUUGACCAGUUUGGACAACAUAUAAAAUCAGAUGUGCACUUGAAUUUUUAUGUUUAUUAUGGUCCUGAUCGUGUUAGAGACCCAGCCUUGCUUUCGAAACAGGAUAUUGUUUUGACUACAUAUAAUAUUUUAACUCAUGACUAUGGAACUAAAGCUGAUAGUCCGCUACACAGCAUAAGGUGGCUAAGAGUGAUCCUGGAUGAAGGACAUGCCAUACGAAAUCCAAAUGCUCAGCAGACAAAAGCUGUACUUGAUUUAGAAGCAGAAAGAAGAUGGGUAUUGACAGGCACUCCAAUUCAGAAUUCUUUAAAGGACUUGUGGUCUCUUCUUUCCUUCUUAAAACUUAAACCAUUUCUUGAUAGAGAAUGGUGGCAUAGAACAAUACAGCGUCCUGUCACAAUGGGAGAUGAAGGAGGACUUAGGCGUUUACAGUCCCUAAUUAAAAAUAUUACACUUAGAAGAACAAAGACAAGCAAAAUUAGAGGAAAACCUGUUUUGGAGUUACCAGAACGUAAAGUAUUUAUUCAGCACAUUACACUUUCAGAUGAAGAGAGGAAGAUUUACCAGUCUGUGAAAAAUGAAGGCAGAGCUACUAUUGGAAGGUAUUUUAAUGAAGGGACUGUCCUUGCACACUAUGCAGAUGUCCUGGGUCUUUUGCUUAGACUGCGGCAGAUUUGUUGUCAUACUCACCUUCUUACAAACGCAGUGUCUUCCUGUGGUCCGUCAGGAAAUGAUACACCUGAAGAACUACGAAAGAAGUUAAUAAGGAAGAUGAAGUUAAUUCUGAGCUCAGGUUCUGAUGAAGAAUGUGCCAUUUGCUUGGAUUCUUUAACGGUUCCUGUCAUAACGCAUUGUGCACACGUCUUUUGUAAACCCUGCAUUUGCCAAGUCAUUCAGAAUGAGCAGCCACAUGCUAAAUGCCCUUUAUGCAGAAAUGAUAUACAUGGAGACAAUUUAUUAGAAUGUCCUCCAGAAGAAUUGGCAUGUGACACUGAGAAAAAGCCUAACAUGGAAUGGACAUCCAGUUCGAAGAUUAACGCUCUAAUGCAUGCAUUGAUUGAUUUAAGAAAGAAGAACCCCAACAUAAAAAGUUUAGUUGUUUCUCAGUUUACAACAUUUCUGUCUUUAAUAGAAACACCACUCAGAGCCUCUGGAUUUGUGUUUACUCGUUUGGAUGGUUCUAUGGCCCAAAAGAAAAGAGUUGAAUCAAUUCAGUGUUUUCAAAACACAGAAGCAGGAUCUCCAACUAUAAUGCUUCUAUCCUUAAAAGCAGGUGGAGUUGGUUUGAAUCUUUCUGCGGCUUCUCGAGUAUUUUUAAUGGAUCCAGCCUGGAAUCCAGCUGCUGAAGAUCAGUGCUUUGACAGAUGCCAUAGACUUGGCCAGAAGCAAGAAGUUAUUAUCACGAAAUUCAUUGUGAAGGAUUCUGUUGAAGAAAAUAUGCUGAAAAUACAAAACACAAAGAGAGAACUUGCAGCUGGAGCCUUUGGAACUAAAAAAACAGAUGCUAGUGAAAUGAAACAAGCUAAAAUUAAUGAAAUCAGAACUUUAAUUGAUUUAUAAUUUGUGGGAUUUGGUAAGGUCAGUUUAAUUAGAUAUAUACAGAAGUUUUGGAAAUGUGAAAAAUAGUUUUAGAAAUGAGUUCUAGAGUAUAUCUUCUAAAAGGAGCAUAUCAUUUUAUAUUAGUGAAGAGGUAUUACUAAUACAUAAUCUCCUUCUAUAUAUGAACCUAUUUUUAAUGAUAUUUCAAAUAGCAAUAAGUUCUGUUAUAUACUGUGGCCUAAAAUAAU